CCCUGCCCACCCCCCUGCUAGCACAGGGGCUCUUUUUGAGUCCAGACAGCCUAUGAGGGAUGGUCUUUCUGCACAAUCAGCCACACAAUCGGCCCUCUAUCCAUUGACAAGGGGGUGGGGAUUGGGGCGUCAUCGCGGGAACCGCGCUGGUCGGGCCUGGUUUCCAUGACAGUGCGGCUGGCAUUCUUCUGGUGGUGGGCGGGGUCACCAUCCCUUUCACCCAAAUAUAACAUACUCCUCUCCACCCCCUUGACUCAGGUCAUUGUCAAGUGCACAAGUGGUCCUCAGAUGGGCUAGCAAAAAAAAUAGGGUGGGGUCAGGGUUCAACCCCAUGGCUCCCCGCGCAGCUUUUGUCACCAAAACCCGCAUCGCCUGUGAGCGGCCCGCCAGAGUGCGUCGGCUUCCCUCGGCUGACGCCACAUGGGGGUGGGGAUUGAUGGUCUUCGUCCCGUCUGUGCUCCGCUCCUACACACCACCCGAACGCUGCCGACCUACCAGUCGCCUCUCUGAAGUUCAUAAGCCCAGAGACCUGCCUCCCCCCACCGGUGUGGGACCAGCUGAAAGUCCCCUAGGUCAGCAGCCUUUGGAAAAAGCCCCCCAGGGAGACAUCGGAACCGUUAGAAAUGGACUCCACCACACCUGAGGUCACAGCUAUGUUUUCCAACCAAUCCAUGGAGAGCUGUGGAGGGGAAAGCACCACCGAGAACCUGAUCUUUGGCUGCUAUUACAUUCUGGUCUUCUUCUUGGCCCUGAAUGGGAACUGCCUGGCUCUGUGGGUCUUCUCCCGCCAGCGUGGAACUUCUACUCCAGCCAAUGUCUUCCUGUUGCACUUGGCUGUGGCUGACCUUUCUUACGUGGUCAUCAUACCCCUACGAGCCACCUAUCACCUCACCGGGGGCCACUGGCCCUUCGGAGAGCUGCCCUGCAGGCUGGCCGGCUUCCUCUUCUACGUCAACAUGUAUGCCAGCCUCUACUUCCUGGCCUGCGUGGCCGGGGACCGGUACCUGGCAGUCGUGCAUGCCGUAAGGUCGCUGAAGGUACGCCGAGCCAAGUAUGCGCACUUUGUGAGCUUCACCCUGUGGGCGCUGGUCGCCGUGUCCAUGGGGCCCCUCUUGGCCACACGGCAGACCUCGGAGGUGGCCGGGGCCACGGUGUGCCUGCAGCUAUACCGUGAGAAGGCCUCUCGCCGGGCGCUCGUCUCCCUGGCCGUCGCAUUCACCCCGCCCUUCCUGGCCACCCUCUCCUGCUACCUGCUCAUCAUCCAUAGCCUUCGCCGGGGCUCACGUCUGGAGCCGGCGCUCAAACUUAAGGCCCUCCGGACUAUCGGCCUGGUGCUGCUCAUCUACGUGGUCUGCUUCCUGCCCUACCAUGCCAGCCGUGCCAUCUUCAUCCUGGGCUUCGCCCAGCCAGCCGUCUCCUGCGGGGCCAGGAGGGGCCUGAUGCUGGGGAACCGCCUCACCUCCUCCCUUGCCUGCCUCAACGGCGCCCUGGACCCGCUGGUCUACCUCUUCGGAGCGGAGAAGUUCCGGGGCAGCCUGCGAAGGCUCCUCUGCAGGGAGACGCUGGGAGCCUCCAGCGCCACCACGGGGGAGCUGAAGGGAACGCGCGAAAGCUCGCUGAGCGCCAAGUCGGAGCUGUGAAGGAUGGGCAGGAGAGACUUUGUCAGGCUGAGAGGCGCACGGAGCCACACGCGUCUGGAGACGCAAUGAACUGGUAGUGUUUUGCACACAGACGCGCUCUGUUCUAAGGCUGCCCCGCUGUUAACCUUGGUUUCCUGUUAUAACAAGAUCACUCUGCUUCUGAUUAGGUUUUUCGCCUUUUAUUUUUCAACUGAAAAUGUACUAUAGAGAGUAAUAUUCCAAAUUUGGGACUUUUUUAGUAAAAAAGAAGCUAAGACCUGUUUAUCCUUCAUAGACUCCCAAAUGAUUUCUACUGCUGUGGUUUAAGUAACACUAAAUGCUUUGUUUAUUUGCUUCUGAAGGACUUUGCUGGUCAUAGUCUGGUCAUUUCAGCAGAUGUGAUAAUGUUCACUGCACCCCUACUCGGUCCUAUAAACUGUCCUCAGUGCCGGUCAUUGGUGCCACACCUCCAACCUAACAUUAACGAACAAAUUAAAAUGUGCUUUUUCUUUCAGCAGAAGCUACUCGUUUUCCCUUUUAUUUAGAAUUAUGGCUGAUGUACCAACAUGAAAACCUGCUGUCAGUCUAGAGUUUGUUGAGAGGCCCCGAAGACAAAAUGAAGUCACACCAGUUUUAUUCCAGAUUCUUCCUUCUCAACGACCUCAAAAUUCCCCACAUGUAUGCUUUAAGUAUACAUUAUCAUCAAUAAUGUGUCAUUAUUAUUAUUGGUAUUUUUAUUUCAGAGCGUAAUAAGAAACUCUCAGCCAAUCACAUCAUCACACAUCAGGCUUUAACCACUCAGAAAAAAGGAGAGUCUGCAUGAUCCCCGAGUGUCCACCAGGGAGCGCCUAAUCCCACUGUGUGCAAGCGGUCUUCUUCACUGCUGCAAAGAGACUCUAAGGCCAGUAUCUCAGAUCAAGAGACUCCAUUUAGUCAGAAUCCUAAUCCAACCAUGUGGAACCAUAAACUGAGAAAAGCAGCAGAAAAGGUCACAAUGACGCCUCACACACAUCUGUGAUCCAGGCCCAAGGAGAAUUCUCUAACCUCUGCCUUAAUUAUAAUGAAAAACAGAUAAUUAAUGAAUUCUGAUAAUUAAUGAACCCCCACAUCAUAACUGAUCAGUUUUAAUGUGAUGUAUAUGGAAUUUAAAAAUCCACAUAGGUGAACAACGAAAUGUAUAUUUUUCAUGUUGCUGUGACAAAAUCCCAAGCAAAAGGUUCUGGUUGCUUCUUGUUCCUGCUUUACAUUCUAUAAGAAGAAGGUGGUGUCUGAACAGGAUACCAAAGUCAGUGUGAGACUUUGUCAUGAGAUGUUUUCAUUUUUAGAAUAAUUCCAGACACGUGUGCAGUUUUUCCUAGUGAGCUCACGGAGGGCGGCCUGGUGAGCAGGUCAGACCAGACCGCAGCUCACUCUGCCCGAUUCCCAGAUGCUACCACACUUUGCUUACAGACAAUUAAAUAUUUCUCAUACCUGCUUCAGCUUCAUUUGUAGCCUAUGGAAUCCAGCCAUUUACCCUCUACACCUCCCAGUGUCCUGACAGUGUGUCAGAAAAGGUGCUGAUUUGCUAGGACCUGCAUUUCUCCACAGUGAGAGCUACAAACCCACUGCAGUAAAAUACAUUAAGGAAACAUGGUUUAUAAAAUCAUGGUUUACAAAGGAUUAAUCUUCUCCAAAGCUACAUUUUAUUGUCUGAUCUAUGUAAAAUAGUGUGGGUUAAAUAAAGAUUAUAAAAAAUUAUAUUUAUUUUCAGAAAUCAAACUGGUUAUGAAUCCUCCUAAAGGGUGAUUCAUUCUACAGGAGGAUGGUUCUGAACCUGAACACAGGCAGUAUAGUACAGUACAGUACAUUCUACAAGGGGAUGGUUCUGACCCAGAAUGCAGGCAGUAUAGUACAGUACAGUACAUUCUACAGGGGGAUGAUUCUGAACCAGAACACAGGCAGUAUAGUACAGUACAGUACAUUCUACAGGAGGAUGAUUCUGAACCAGAACACAGGCAGUAUAGUACAGUACAUUCUACAGGGGGAUGAUUCUGAACCAGAACACAGGCAGUAUAGUACAGUACAGUACAUUCUACAGGGGGAUGAUUCUGAACUGGAGCACAGGCAGUACAAUACAGUACUGCCUCUUUAAGGAAGCUUUAUGUGAUACCUUGUCAUCUGCCAAAAAAAAAAAACAUGUUUAACUGGAAAUAAGAGAGCACACACAAAGUAUUAUUUCAAAAUAUGUUUGUAAUAUUUUGGAUUCAUAACUGAAGAUUAUUACUUAUUCAAUUCUAAUUAGACUUAGUCAAUCUUGCUGAAGUGUAACAUUACCAACUUUUGAACAUUUAUAUAUUCAGUAAAAUAAACAAAAGUGAAACCAAA